CUGGUGGUGGGUGAGCAUAUUGCUGGCACAUAAACCUAAAAUGGGUUCCGUACGACUUCGACCUUGAUUGGGCACCUACACUCCUUGUCUCCAUCCCAUCCCAUCCCUUCCUUUUUUUUUUUUCUUGGUUCCCACUGAACUUCCUCAUACCCAGCACCCCUCCUUCCUCCUCCUCUCCCUCCUCCUCAUCGUCAUCCUUUAUCUCUCCUCUUGUGGACAACCCCGCAUUCCUUCCUCCAUUCGUUCUGCAUCAUCUUCCAUUAACAUAUCCUGCUCAAAGGCCGUUCUGCCAUGAACUACCACCCACGCUUACCACAGCAAGCCGGUAGCACCACCACCAUCACCAGUGUACACACAAUCACCAGCAACUCUCGAGUACCAUACGCAAGCCGACGAGGCCUGACGUCUCUCUUCCUCCUCUGGCUCUGUGUCUCCCUGAUCCUCUCCACAACCACUGCUCAGGCGGAUGAGGUCCAACCACCCCAGGGGCCCCAUCAAUUAUCCAGAGAAGACUUUGAUUUGUACUUUGAGGACGAUGUAACAUGCACAGUGCACGGUGGAGAAUGCUGUUCCGACAUGAAUUCAAUCGACUGUCAGGGCUGGUUCUGUAUCGGUGGAACCUGCGCCGCCCUUCGCUGCAACUACUGCUCCCAAGACCCCGAUUGGUUCUGUGGAUCUGUCGAGGGUGUCACUCAGAACCAAGGUCAGGCCUGUAAACACCGGGCGUUCAGGGACCAACAAUGCAGCAACAGCACUAUGCCCUGUAUGAGCCAAUUAACCUGUGCGGCCUCGAAUAACACAUGUCAGUUCACACCCGAACGGUGGGAGGAGUAUCAGGAAGAGGUCAAGUCUAGGAGGAUUACCAUGGCAGGGAUGAUUAUUGUGUUGAUCGGGAUGUUCAUUGCCAUGCGGCGGAUGCUCAAGAACGAGGAGGCCAGGAGACGACAGAUUUGGGAACCGGUUGAUUCAAGCGCGGAAGGCUCGAUUCUGAGACGACUCGCGGAAGAUACGCAACGGAGGGUCGCGGGAGGGUGGGGUCAGAUCAGUGGGUCGCUCGUCGAGGGCGGGAAUGCGGCAAGUGCGGCUGUUGGGACUGCAUUCUCGAGGCUCAGGGACAACGUCAGGAAUGUGACCAGUGGUCGAGGCGGGCGUCCGGAGGAUUGUGAUGAUGAUUCUUUGGAGAUGCUGCCGAACGGACGACGUGCGCAGACGAGGAGAGAGCUGGAGGAGGAUAUGAGAAACUUCUUGUUGGAGGCCGAUGAUGAAGAAGAGGAUGAGCAUGAGCAUACUUGGGAUCGGUCCAGAGAUGAGGACGGGCUGCUGGAGAGACAUCAAAGCAGCAGUAGCAAUAGCAGCGCAGUAUCUUCUGGAUCUCAUGUUCGAUCGGAUAACACGAUCUCACCAAUGCCGUCGUCCACCCAACCUGGAGGGUUCCCAGAUGAGCCGCCAGCGUACGACGAGAUCAGGAUUAGUGGGCACGGACAACCUUCGCUGAUCGCAGGACUGAACAGCAGCAGCAACAGCAGCAGCAGCAGCAGUAGCAAUAGCGGCUCCAGUACGCCGAAUCCAACAUAAGGGAGGCAUUAAUACCAUUUGUGGCACUCGUUAAAAAAAAAAAAAAAAAAAAAA